AUGAUAGCUAAUAUAGAUUCUUUGAUCAAAAAUAACAUAGAACAGUUUUGUUUGGUUGAAGAUUUAGUAUGGGAUCUCUCACAAGAAAAUUUGGAAGAAAAUGAACAAAAGUUAAUCCAAAUUCUCAAAGAAACAUCAAUGCAGAAGUACGUUAUUCACACAAUUUCGGCUGCAACGAAAUACCGACCUACAAUCAAUAAUAUUUUACUCAAAUUAACAGAAAUUUUACAAAAUGAAUUUCCUAUCUUUACAGAAUUGCUUGACAGUUGGAAACAAUCUGUCCCAAGCGAAAUAGAAGAGCAUUUAAUGUCAGAUGACGUUGAAUAUUUUAAAAAUGAUACAAAAUCCGAAAAUAAAGAAAAUAAUUUCGAAUUAUCAGCAUUAUACGGAGCAGUUAAUGUAUUUAAUUACUUCCUCUCAGAAGAAAUGGCAAUUAAUUCUAAAACAGCAAAGAACGCAUCAAUUAGCGGUAAAAUGGAUAUUCUUAAAGAAAUACUUAGCAAGAAGAAAAAUUAUACAGGAACUAUUGUCCAAUAUUCUUUGAUUUCGCAUCAAAAUGAAAAUCUUGAUUUAUUGGCUACAAAAGAUUCUCCAAAACUCAAAAUGUCCAUAAAUGACCUUUUUACUAGAUCAAAUAUUCACGCAAUAUCCAAGUUAGUCUCAUUAAAUUCAAUUCUUACAAAAGAUAACUUCAAAUUAGUGCAAUUUGCAAUUCAAAUGGAAUCUCCACAACUCCUAGACUUCUUUUGUGUUAAACUUGAGGUUAAAUUAUCAUCUGAUACAUCAAAUUUCGAAAAUAUUUAUAAAUUAAUUUUCCAAGUCAAAAACAACCGACCAGAAUUAAUAUCUAAGCUUCUUUUGAAUGGUCUUUCUCCAAGAGCUAUGCUUAAUAUUGAAGAUAUCUAUCAUGAUCCACUAUCUCUUGCAAUAACAAAUAAGGAUGAACAAACUGCGAUGAUUUUGCUUGAACAUGGAGCUAAUCCAAGUUUUUACCUUAUUACAAAAGGAAAAACAUAUCCAAUGCUAUGUUUAGCUAUAAAACAUAAAUUAUUUAAUUUGGCAGAGAGAUUAAUACCAAUUACUGAUGUUAAUGAGCCAACAUAUGUUUUAAAUCAAAAUAAUCAUAAGAUCUACAAGAAAAAUCCACUAAUUUACGCAAUCAAAUACCAAAAUCUCAAUUUAUGUGGAAAACUAUUGGAAAAUGGGGCUGAUCCGAACUAUGAUCUAUUGGAAUAUUCUCCAUUUGCUUAUUGUGGCAAAACCUCGAAUAUUGAGUAUUUUUCAUUUCUAUUCUCGCAUGCCCAGGUUGAUGCUACCAAGAAACAUGAUUUCGUGAUACUACAGAAUACCCCUCUUUCUUGCUGUAUCAAAAAUCAUAACGUUGAAAUGACAAAAUUAAUACUUGAUAUUGGAUUCAACCCAUGGUCUCCUUUUGUAGAUACAACCGAAAUGAGGAUUGUAAAUCACCUUGAUUACGCCAAGAAAUUUGGGAAUCAAGAAAUAGUCCAAAUUAUUGAAGAAAGGAUGAAGAAAUAUCAAUCAGUUUGUGAAAAGUUCAAAGCGAUCGAGAGUGUCCAGCUUGAUCAAAAAGGUUUUACAAAACCAUUCAUUUCGAAGGAAGAUUUAAACAAAUUACACAGAGGCUUUGUUUAUACAGCUAAGAUAAAGAUGAUGGGAUCAGAAGAAUUGAUUCAAGCAUUCAAUUUCCUUCAUGGAAUAGGAGUAAUUUCAGAUAUCAUUAAAUUAUGA